GUCCAAGAUACGAAAAAGUGGGUAAAUUAGAAACCUCUACUCACGGUAAAAGUCAUUUUCGUUUCUUCACGGCCCGGAAAUUUCUCAGCAACAUCGACGAGCAGGCAACAGCGAACGCCAAGCCGGCCAGGGAAGAAGGAAGAAGGUGCGACCCGCUGAUCACCUGACUGUGGACGGCGGACAGCCUUCCGCUACUUCCCUGCGCGGCUGCGGCCCUGCCCGGCUGCCCCUUUGGCCUUCUCGGCUCUCGCCCUUUCUGCCAGGACAUUUAAUUUGAGAUUAGGCCCAUUUUUGCUUCCGCCAGGACCGGCCAGCUCCACCGCACCGCCUCAAGCUACAGAACAUUCAGACUCAGUUACUCAGCCAGGUAUGUGCUCUUACUUUGUGAGUUCUGAUUAAACUUGUUUAGUUUGAGAUCAGUGAGUGAGGAAGCAGAAAUGUUCUAUCUGAGCGAAAUUGAGCACACAAUGAGAGUGCCUCCCAGCCUUCUCAAUCUCCCACUCAAUGAAGCUAUAAAGGGAGUGCUUGAAGGUCUUUUCGUUGACAAGGUCAUUGCAAAAUUAGGGCUUUGUAUAUCUGUUUAUGACAUUCUCUCCAUUGAGGGCGGUUUUAUUUUCCCAGGAGAUGGCGCUUCCACAUAUACGGUGAAAUUCAGGCUGAUAAUGUUUCGCCCAUUUGUAGGAGAAGUUAUAGCAGCAAGGCUGAAAGAAUCCAAUGCAAAUGGUUUACGUCUAUCCCUUGGGUUUUUCGACGACAUAUAUGUGCCUGCUGCUUUGAUGCCAACUCCUUCACAAUCAGAGCCUGAUCCUGAGAUUCCAAACCAAGUCCGGUGGAUGUGGAUGUUCGAAGGCAACAGUGAACAAGAAUACCUGAUUGAUGGCGUUGAUGAGAUACGAUUCCGAGUUCACAAUGUUAGCUAUCCUCAAAUACCUUUAGAGCAAGAUAAAGGAUCAAAGUCAUUUGCCCCUAUGCUUAUUACGGGAUCACUUGAUUCUGACGGCUUAGGCCCUGUUUCAUGGUGGGCUGAUUAAACUUCUCCAGUUGACUCUAAUGAAACUUGUGCAAGGAUCACUUGAUGCUGACGGCUUAUGCACUGUUUCAUGAUGGGGGGAUUAAUCUUCAUUUUUCCAAGUGAUCUCAUGUUAACUUCAGUUUUCCAAGUGAUGUCAUGAACUACUAUGGUAAAAAAAUUGUAGAGUCGUAUACCAUAUUUGGUACCAUCUGUGUGGAUUGCAUUCAUUCUCAUACUUUAUAAUUAUACUGCUACACGUGGGAGUAAAGUUUUAAAAUUAUUUUAUUGUUCGGAACUUAUGGAAGAAAUUGUUCUUGGGUGUUCCUAUAUUUGCGUAACAAUUGCUUUUGAGUAGAUGACUAUGGUGACUCAUAUUUGAGAUUAUUUAUAGCAGACCAUUCUGAUGGACCUGAACUUCUAA